AUGUUCCAUCGUCGCCAACGCCCAACGACCACGACCACCCGGGAGAGCAAGCCAUCCUUCAUGACGCGGUUGAAGGGCCGUAACGCCCGAACCAAGACCAUCAAGACUAAGACCACAACCACCCGCCACGGUCCUGCUACCACUACUCACCACGCUCCUGCUCCCACUACUCGUCACGCACCUGUUGCACCGCGCACCACAAAGCGUCGCUGGGGUGUCUCCAGGUCGCACCACCAUCACCAGCGCAAGGUGACCAUGGGUGAUAAAGUUUCUGGGGCUAUGCUGAAGCUAAAGGGAAGUUUGACACGUCGUCCUGGUCUCAAGGCUGCUGGCACUCGACGCAUGCACGGCACCGACGGUCGCGGAAGCCGCAUGCACCACGCCUACUAG